AUGUCAGACCUCAAAGAAUCAGGUUUCAAGACGAGCGAAGUGCUUUCCACUCUAGCUACAUCUUUCGACAAGAUGUCGGAGAAUGAUAAAAAAGCUCAGAUCAAAAAAACCAAUGGGAUCUUUCAAUUAAAUAUAAAGAAUGCGGAGGGAAAAGAGGGUAUUUGGGUGAUAGACCUGAAGGAACAGGGUAAAGUUACGAAAGGACCCGCUAAGAAGCCCGAUUGCACGAUGACUCUUUCUGACGACACAUUCAUGUCACUCGCCGAUGGGAAAUUGAACGGACAGAAAGCUUUCAUGACUGGAGCUCUCAAAGUCAAGGGGAAUGUUAUGCUCGCUACCAAAUUGGAUGGUGUUCUCAAGGGCGCGAAAGCGAAGUUGUAA